GCUGCGGGUUCGAGAAGCUUCUGCGUUUCUCGGCGAGAGACGGCGGCGAGGAGCGUUAACAUCAAAGAGCAGAGAAUCUUUGGUUAACAUGUCAGAAACUGGCUGGAGUUGUGGACGAGGCGCCUAGCGGGGCAACAUGUUCGGAUGCCUGGUUGCGGGGCGAUUGGUACAGACAGAUGCACAACAAGUUGCAGAUGGAAAAUUUGUAUUUAAUCUUCCUGAUUAUAAGAGUGUCAAUCACGUGGUGGUCUUUAUGCUGGGGACAACACCAUUUCCCAUAGGAGCAGGAGGAUCUGUGUAUUUCUCUUACCCAGACAAGUGUGGAAUGCCUGUAUGGCAAUUAUUGGGAUUCAUAACGAAUGAAAAACCCAGUGCAAUCUUCAAAAUAUCACGUUUAAAGACGGAAGGUAGCCAGCAUCCUUUUGGGAUGAUGAAUAUUGCACAGACUGAAUCAGUUGCCCAAAUUGGAAUAUCUGUGGAGCCCAUGGAACUAUUGACGCAGCAGACUCCAGAAGCAAGUGCAGCUGUUUCAACUGUUGAUUCUUUUACACAGUUUACGCAGAAGAUGCUAGACAAUUUCUAUAAUUUUGCAACCUCAUUUGCAUUGACCCAGGAUCGGAUGACUCCAAAUCCUACUGAGAUGUUUAUUCCUGCAAAUAUUGUCUUGAAAUGGUAUGAGAAUUUUCAAAGAAGACUGUCCCAAAAUCCAUAUUUUUGGAAAUCAUAAUCCAUAUGCUGUGGAAGUUAAUUGUAACAACCAACGCUGUUCAUCUGUUUAAAUUGAUCUUUACAAAUUAUUUUUAAGAUGUCAGUCUGAAUACAAACUUUCGUAAUAAUCAAGCUGGUUUGAAAAUUAUUUUGGAAGACCUGUCAUGGUUGUGUUUCAAUGGAUAGUAAGAAACAUUUUAAUCAUGUUUGAACUGCCAUUUAUUUCAUGAAUUGGAAUUCAUUGAAACUGUUUAAAAGCUGUAUUACAUUGUAAAACUUUCAUUAUAUUCUUAACAUGAGUAUGUUGUGAGUCAUCCAGAAAAAAUGUCCGAUGGAUACAAAUACAAUUCUUUAAGAAGAUA